AGGAGCGGCGUGUGUCUCGCAGGGGCGGAGCGACCCGGGCAGCGCAAGUUAGAAAACACUGCCCUGUUAAGAAGCAGGAAACCAAUUCGUUUGGGCGGGUGGUGACAGGCGCAGGGUCCGGGGCUGUGUGCAGGCGUUUUUGUAACAGGCAUGUCUCCAGAUGAACUCGUCUAUCUCGCAAUUCUUGCUGCUUCCAUACCUGUUGGAUUCCUCUUCCGUUACUUGAGUCCAUCGGCCAAGCAAUGGUCAGCUCUGCUCCUAGGGCUGUCCGUUACCAUAGCGACCUGCCAGAUUCACACUCUGCACUCUCUCGUCACUGUGCUGGGAACAUGGAUGAUCAUAAAGUAUGACUGGAGAGCUGCACCGUCUCUUUCUUUGGGAUGGACCUUUCUCUAUCUCCUGUUUUUCCGUCUGUCGUACUUGUUCGGUUUGCCAUCUCCAACGCCAUUCGCCAACGCAAUUCAGCUUCUUCUUACUCUGAAGAUGGUCAGUUUAGCCAAUGAAGUUCAACAAUAUCACCUGGCAAAGAAGGAGGAUGUGACAUCAUUCUCCAAGUCUCCCCUGAUUUGUGGACUGACACAGGAGCCUUCUCUCUAUGACACAGUGUCUUAUAGCUAUUGCUAUAUUGGCCUAUUCACAGGUCCCUUCUUCCGGUACCAGACGUAUGUCGACUGGCUCCAGCAGCCCUGCCCCAGGGAGCUCCCGGGUCGUGUCCCGUGCCUCCAGCGCCUGAGAUUCGUGCCUCUUUAUGCAGUGUUCUUCCUGAUUGUCAAUCACUACUUUCCCCUGGCUUACGUAAGGACAGAGGAGUACCUUGACCAUCAUUUCCUCUUUAGGUUGUUCUACAUGACGGCAGUGUUCUUCGUCUUCCGGAUGAGGUUUUACGCCGCUUGGUGUGGUGCAGAGGCCGGCUGUAUCAGCUCGGGGCUGGGCUGUUACCCAGAGGGGGCACAGUCCAAACCAGGAGGCGGGCCCAGUGUUCAGUACAGCUCCGAUCCUGCCUCAGCCACCUAUGACUUCAGAACCAUCCAGAACAUCGACUGCUACAACACCGACUUCUGCGUCAAAGUCAGGCACGGCAUGAAAUACUGGAACAUGACUGUGCAGUGGUGGCUGCAUCAGUACAUCUAUGCCAAGGCACCCUUCAAAGCUUACACGCUCAAGGCUGCCUGGACCAUGUUCAUCAGCGCUUACUGGCACGGGAUCCACGCUGGCUACUACCUGUCAUUCCUCACCAUUCCUCUCUGCAUGGGGGCGGAGUCUGCUCUCGAGAGUACCGUGCGAGCCAAACUGGGUCCACAGGGUCAGAACAUCUUCGACUGGAUUCACUGGUUCCUCAAGAUGAGAGCUUAUGAUUAUAUGUGCAUGGGCUUUGUUCUGCUGAGCUUCAGUGAUACGAUCAACUACUGGAGCUCAAUCUUCUUCUGCAUCCAUGUCAUAGCUGUGAUGUGUAUGGGGUUAGGGAUGCUAUUGAAGGGAGGGAAACAGGAGAGGAAACUGGAGCGAGAGUGCAGAAAUGACGAGGAUGGGAAACGGGAAACAAGGACCGAGGGAUAAGUGGAGACAUGUUUGCCAAAGACGCCAGCACACAGUUAAGGAAGGAAAACAAUUGUUAUGCGUUUUGUAAGGUUUGUACUGCACCUGCUGUGGAAAAGGCAUUAGAGACAAAAAUUAUAAACAUUUUGUACAAUAACACAAGAGUUUUAAAAAAAUACAUUGAUAUGACGGUACUUGGCUCAACAUUUAGUCCUUGGUGUUUUUCGGUGCCAAUUAACACCAUGAGUAUUGCUUAGCUAAAAUGUGCGGUUUAAAGGGAUGGCAUUCAUUAUGUAGUAAACAAACUGUAAAGUUUCACGAGACCCUGUUUAGCUGCAGCAUGUCUGUUUAAAUUCUAUCCGAAACUGCUUAUUUUGUUAAAGCCAUAGUGAAGAAAUGGAAACUAAUUAAAUGGUGAUCCUGUACAAUGGCACAGUCGUUUCACGGCAUUUUUAGAGUUUACAAAGGUAUUUAUUUCAUUGUUCCGAGGUGUGUGUUUAAGUGACUGCAGGGUCCUAACCCUCACGGCGAGUGUUGGAUCGUUUGUCGGGGGCUGAAAUGUGAUUUUAUGCACCUUGUGGUCUUUAGUAUUAUUAACAUUGUUACACAUUGGAACAAAAAUGUAUUGCUGAUAUUUGUACUCGCAAUGGAAUACUUUUCAAAUUGUAUGUAAUUUAAUAGCAGAUUAAUAUGGCAAUCUCCCAGGUAAAAUGGUUCCGUGUGUAAAAUGAAGCUGGAGUAGCUGCAGACCUAAUAUUACAAUGAGUUUUUAUGGUAAAGGGGGUGUUUUGUAUAUGUACAAUGGUUCAGGCAGUCUCAAUGAUAUUUUUAAUAUGCUCACUUUGGGUCCCUAAUUUUUUGAAUAAUUGUAAUCUGGGGAUUCGGAUUCUUCUGUUUAAGAAAUAGUUUUAGUUUCACGAAAGGCAGCUUUGAGAUCUUGUCCACUUUGUGUCAUGAAGCUCUGAGUCUUGUCUCUUACUGCCAGUAUAUAAGAGCUGCCUCCUGAACAGGUUGCCAUCGAGGCGACAGACCAACACGUCUUUCAGCGCGUUUUCAUAACCUUCAUUUCAGACAAGUAGUUCCCUUCACUUAGGGGCUGAAUAAAAAUAAUAACAAAUGAAUGAAAAU